AUGUCUACCAACGCUCUCGAUCCAUCUGCCUUGAUUUCCUUGCUUCCAACUUUACUUCCUCAGUCAAGCAAAACAUUGAGCUCCCCACACGAUGCUCUGGCUGCACUCGUUCAUACAGCUUUCUCUAUCCUCGGCUUCCGCUUGCUGGCUCUAGAUGACUCCUCUCCAGCCGCUAAUUUCCCCGGAAAUGUCCUUCCAUCUGACUGGAACACUCAUGGGCUCGUGGACCGCACCCUCAGAUACAAACACGAUCAAAGUAGUCUAGAGUUUGUCAUUAAAGUGAUUAAACUUGGUCAGCGCUCUCUCAUCAAUGCUAUUGCUGUGGAGAGCGACAAAUCUGCGUUACUUGACAUUUGCACCAACGAUUUUAUUUCGCCGUCAUUCUACCCGCAUAACCUCUUGGAGCCUGAUGCACAACCACUCGUACAUGGCUUCAUCUCGUCAAAUCGGAUCGCCGACCUCAUGUCACAAUUCAAAUUGAAGAUAGUGCAAAGGUUAAUUCCAGGUCUGCGAAAAGAUGGUUACACUGAGGAAGCUGAGGAUUCGUCGUCCAACUCCACCAAUGCCAAUCCACCCCGUCAGGACAGCACUUCUGCCCGCGUUCCACCUCCGGCACCUGAUUAUCCAGAUGACCGUCCUUACCGUCUCCCGCCACAGUUCCCUCGUAACCCUCUCGAAAUCGGUCGACGAGACCUUGAUCCAUUUCCAAGCAACCCAUUUGCUCCCCCGUCUUUAUUCCCUCCACACGGUGGGGAUGGGAUGUUUGUGGGCCCCGAACAUCCUAUAUUUGGUUUUGGAGACCGCGAACAUGAGCGUCGGGGGCCAUGGAGUGGCGAUGGGUUUCUCCCUCCGAUGGGUGCUCCCCCUGGUGCACGCUUUGAUCCCAUAGUCCCAGGACCAGGACCAGGAAGGGGUGGACCCCUAUUCCCGCGCAGAGGCGGACCAGGUAGAGGUUUUGGGGCAAACCAAUCUGGGGAACCAGACAACGAUGAAUUCAUGCCUCCUGGAGCGGGAGACAUGUUUAUGUAA